AUGAGCGAUCUAGACCGAGCUAUCGCGCAACUGCGUCAGUGUCGGCCUAUCCCAGAGCCACAAGUCCGAGAACUCUGCUAUAAAGCACGUGAACUACUUAUAGAGGAGGGUAACGUGGUGACGGUUGACGCUCCUGUUACGAUAUGUGGAGACAUUCACGGCCAGUUCCAUGACCUGAUGGAGUUGUUUCGCGUCGGCGGCGACGUUCCAGAUACGAAUUACCUUUUCAUGGGCGACUUUGUUGAUCGCGGAUUUUACUCUCUUGAAUCUUUUCUUUUGCUAUUAUGCUUGAAAGUGAGAUAUCCCGAUCGGAUUACCUUAAUAAGAGGCAACCACGAGUCAAGGCAGAUUACGACUGUCUAUGGAUUUUACGACGAAUGUAUUCGGAAGUACGGCAAUGCAAAUGUCUGGCGUUAUUGUUGUGAGGUUUUUGACUACUUGGCUCUGGGUGCCUUGGUCUUGGGUGCAAGUUCUGAACUAGAGCCGACAGUACCUCUGUCAUCAAUGCUGCAGGAUUCUAUGGGUACUUCACAGUCCAUUACCGGUUCCACCAGUGGUGAAGACGAUGUCCUUGAAACCGAGAUUUUAAAUUCAAAAGGUGAGGUAACAUACGCAACUUAUCGCAGGAGAGACUAUGGGUCGCAUGAAUUAGCCAGCGACAUUCGGGAUGUCUCUCCUCCUCGCGACAUAGGCUCGGCUCCUACAAGUGCCCCUUUGAGACCGGGGCCUGCAGGAACAGGUGCAACAUCGGAUAGCCUAGGAAGCUUCUCAAGUAGUGCAGGCGCUGUUCUUUGCGUUCACGGGGGACUUUCUCCUCUUGUGGACAGCGUGGAUAAGAUCCGUCUCAUUGACAGAAAACAAGAAGUACCUCACGAAGGAGCCAUGUGCGAUUUACUCUGGUCAGAUCCAGACGAGAUUGAAGGCUGGGGUUUGAGCCCUCGGGGUGCCGGGUUCUUGUUUGGUGCAGAUAUUGUGAAACAUUUCAGCUACAAAAACGACCUUUCGUUAAUUGCUCGUGCUCACCAACUCGUUAUGGAAGGCUUUAAAGAGAUGUUUGACGGAGGGAUUGUCACAGUGUGGUCCGCCCCAAACUAUUGUUACCGAUGCGGAAACGUUGCUGCAAUACUAGAGCUGGGUGAAGAUGCAAGCAACGGGGGCACCAUUUCCAGAAGUAAUGGCGAUUAUAGCAGGAGUCUGGGUGGGGUGCGAGCAGGCCGUAGUGAGAGACGAGGUAUGGUUGGGCCAGGUAGAAGGUAUAGGGUUUUUGACGCUGCCCCUCAGGACACCAGGGGGAUGCCGGCAAAGAAACCGGUUGCAGAUUACUUUUUGUAA